GAGAGAGCCUUGAGCUGGGAUCAAGAAAUGACGUACCUAUCUUACAAAUGAUUCCUGCUCCCUAAAAUAAGCGUUUGCUUACUUUCCCUCUUCUCACAGCCCAGUGACCGCUGGGAGUACGUUCCCGACGAGCCUUUAGCUCAGAGGAUGCAAGCUUUUCUUAUUCGGUCAGCUCCACCCAGUGAGCCGUCGAAACUCUGUGGCCGAUGCAGCCCUAUGCCACUCUGGUCUCCCGGGUGCAACUUCGAAGACACGGCGACAGGGUUACAGAAAGGGGACUACCACCUCUUGUCUCUCUUUGCACCCUCCCCAGCGACGACGUGACCAUCAGCUCUAAUGUCCCACUUGGCUUCCCCCGGUUGCCCGGGCCUGGGAGCCCAGAACACAUCCACCUUCUUGAGGAGUGGAUCAGGCACUGUGACGGUCAUCACCAGUGUCUGGAUUACGGAGAGUCACCCACCUUUCUCCCGACGCGGCUUCUUGACAUUGGCCAAUCUGGGUCUCAACGCUGUCGUUUGAUUUGUGAUACCACACCAUUAGUCAAGGCAAACACCAGGUAUCUAGCCCUAUCACACCGAUGGGGAACUCCUCCUAAACAUGGGGAGUGUGAUCCCAUGCGGGGCAAGAUUGACCGCACUUUCCAGAGGAACAUUGAUCGACUCGUGCUGGGCAUCCCCGACUCCGACUUGCCUCCCAAGUAUCAAGACGCUGUUGCCGUAUCCAGGAGCUUACGCAUCCGCUACAUCUGGAUCGACUCACUGUGCAUUAUACAACACGACAAGAAUGACCCAUUAGAUGAGGACCAGGGCCGGGACUUUGUCAAAGAAGCCGAAAAGAUGGAACAAGUCUUCCGGUCCGCCUACGUGACUCUCGCAGCGAGCUGCGCCUCCUCGCCUGCUGAACACUUCCUUAAACCGCGGCCGACAAGGUUAUCUGCCACUCUGAGAACAGCAGAAAACGCGUGCUACUUUGCCAGCGAGGCCAUCGACGACUUUUACCACGACGUCGAGCAAGGCCAUCUGAUGACGCGAGGGUGGGUGUUUCAAGAGCGCGUGCUCUCGCGGCGGACGAUUUUCUUUACCCAGAAACAAACGUAUUGGGAAUGCGGCGAGGGGAUCUGCUGCGAGACGCUCACCAGGGUGAAGAACCCCAAAAGCUCCCUCCUCGGCGCCGCCAACUUUCCUCAAUCCUUUCCCACCCACGAACCCGCCAAAAUCGUCGCGCUCUACCAGAGCCUCUACGAGCGCUACUCAAGACUAAAGCUAAGCUACCCAGCCGACAGACCCAGCGCCAUCAGGGGACUCGAGACGCGGCUGCUGCGCUUCCUAGACACAUCUGGCGGGUGUGGCGUACUUGACAAGUACCUCCACCCGGGCCUCCUCUGGCAACGAAGCGCGGACAAGGUCACGCGGAUUGAUUUUUCAUCUUCGGGGCGUCACCAGCCGCCGUCGUGGUCGUGGAUGGCAUACGAUGGUCCCAUCAUGUACAUGGUGGCCGGACCGGCGCUUGAGUCUGAGCUCGUCGGAUGGAGCCGAGACGUCGCGGCGCCGAGAUGGGGUGGGGCGGAUCACCUUGAGGGAGAGAUGGCGGAACUGUCGCUGGCGUUGCCGGCUACUGUGCGUGGCAUUAUCCCUGAUUUGGGACAGAACGCGGCGCGCAGGGCUUUCUUUGACGAUCCUGGUCGGAGCUUUGCUGGGAGUGAAGGGUCUUUCAAGUGCGUUGUUGUUGGCUCGACUAAGCCUUCGGCGAAUGACGGGCCUAGGGGUCCGAUCUUUUAUGCUCUUAUUGUGGUUCGCACACGGGUGAAUGGGGCAGGAGAGUAUGGCAAUAGCUACUACCAAAGGGCGGGGGUCGCGAAGUUGAGGAAACACCAAAUGGUAUGGCAUGAGCCAGCUGAACAGGCAUAUAUCAUCUAAACUCUAGCGAGGCAAAAUUGUCGGGGUUUAGGGGACGGGUUUUGGGGUUAUUGGGUAGUAGGGCAAAUAAAGUCUCAACGCUGUCAAUGCCAUAUCGCCUAGAUGUCGCUUUGCGUGCUGGUGCUCGUGUAUCCCGGCCUCCUCUGCCCUUGAGACCAA